AGAGCCAGACUCUUAUGAAACAAAAUAGUGCAGCAGCGGAAAACAGGUACAGGGAGACGAGAAGGGAUUCACAGGCUACAGACAACUUACCCGCCACACAGCACCUGCCUGCACAGCAAAGCCAGGGGAAGAAAUGCUUCUGUCUCUGGGCUUGACAUAAGUAUAACAUCCGGGGAGCCAGCACAAGAGUAAAAUGGCCCCAAAUUCGAUCCACUGGUUCCGGAAGGGCCUCCGCCUGCACGACAACCCGGCGCUACAGGAGGCGGUCAGAGGGGCAGGCACAGUGCGCUGUGUUUACUUCCUGGACCCCUGGUUCGCAGGCUCCUCCAACGUCGGGGUCAACAGGUGGCGGUUUCUCCUCCAGUGUCUCGAGGAUCUGGACGCCAGCCUUCGAAAGCUCAACUCUCGCCUUUUUGUCAUCAGAGGCCAACCCGCCAACGUGUUCCCGCGGCUCUUUAAGGAGUGGAAGAUCUCUCGGCUGACCUUUGAGUACGACUCGGAGCCUUUCGGGAAGGAAAGGGACGCUGCCAUCAAGAAGCUGGCCAUGGAGGCAGGGGUGGAGGUCAUCGUCAAGAUAUCGCACACCCUCUACGACCUGGACAAGAUCAUAGAGCUGAAUGGCAGUCAGCCUCCUCUCACCUACAAGCGUUUCCAGACCCUGAUCAGUCGAAUGGAUCCUCCUGAGAUGCCCGUGGAGACGCUGUCGGACACCCUGAUGGGUCGCUGUGUGACCCCCAUCUCUGAAGACCAUGGAGACAAGUACGGGGUGCCGUCCCUGGAGGAGCUGGGCUUUGACAUCGAGGGCCUGCCUUCAGCCGUGUGGCCGGGAGGAGAGACUGAGGCUCUGACGAGGAUAGAGCGCCACCUGGAGAGAAAAGCCUGGGUGGCGAACUUCGAGCGUCCCAGGAUGAACGCCAACUCGCUGCUGGCCAGCCCGACGGGCCUCAGCCCAUACCUCCGCUUUGGCUGCCUCUCCUGUCGCCUUUUCUACUUCAAGCUCACUGACCUCUACCGGAAGGUGAAGAAGAACAGCUCCCCUCCACUCUCUCUGUAUGGCCAGUUACUGUGGCGGGAGUUCUUCUACACCGCAGCGACCAACAACCCACGCUUCGACAAGAUGGAGGGGAACCCCAUUUGCGUCCGCAUCCCCUGGGACAAAAAUCUCGAAGCGCUCGCCAAGUGGGCGGAAGCCAAGACGGGUUUCCCCUGGAUAGACGCCAUCAUGACUCAGCUGAGGCAGGAGGGCUGGAUCCAUCACCUGGCCAGGCACGCCGUGGCCUGUUUCCUCACCAGGGGGGACCUGUGGAUCAGCUGGGAGGAAGGGAUGAAGGUCUUCGAGGAGUUGCUUCUCGAUGCAGACUGGAGCGUGAACGCAGGCAGCUGGAUGUGGCUGUCCUGCAGUUCAUUUUUCCAGCAGUUUUUCCACUGCUACUGCCCCGUGGGCUUCGGCCGGCGCACCGACCCCAACGGGGACUUCAUCAGACGAUACUUACCUGUCCUUCGAGGUUUCCCCGCUAAGUACAUCUACGACCCAUGGAACGCUCCGGAGUCCGUGCAGGCGGCCGCCAAGUGCAUAAUUGGCGUCCAUUACCCGAAGCCCAUGGUGCACCACGCUGAGGCGAGUCGGCUCAACAUCGAGAGGAUGAAGCAGAUCUACCAGCAACUUAGCCGAUACAGAGGACUUGGCCUGCUGGCGUCAGUGCCGUCCACCAAUGGGAACGGGAGCGGAGGGAUGAUGGCCUACUCUCCCGGAGAGCAGCAGCCAGGGACCAACAGCAACAGCAACUCACAUUUGCCUGGAGUGUCGGGGAGCGCCGUUGCCACGGGUAACGGCAGCGGGAGCAUCCUACUCAACUUUGACAAUGAGGAACAGAGCAGGCCUAGCAGUUCUGGACAGCAGCAGCAACAACGACUGCAGCCUCUCGCACCACCACCACCACAACAUCAACCACAACCACAACCGCAGCAGCAGCAGCAGCAGCAGCAGCAGCUUGGAUACCACUCAGUCCCAGACCCCAACCAGACCAGCGUCACCAGCAGCUUACUCUACCACGAGUUCGCUGUGCCUCAACACCCAGGACUCCUCCUGCACGGCAGAAGCAUCACAGGAAAGAGGGAGCGCGAGUCGGGAGGCGACGGAUCCGGGGAGAAAGACCUGGCGUCCUGCUCCAUCAGCAAGAUUCAGAGGCAGAGUGCAGAGACCACCUAAAGCAGGCGGAGGUCAGACCGUCGUGGGUGAGCACUCCGGCCAGUGGAGAGAGAGGAAACCCCGACUUGGCCUCCAAACACUCCAGAUGUGACGCGUCUCCUCCUCUUCAAACGCCGUGCAUCUAAAAGCUGCCCUCUGUCUUUGCAGUCAGGAAUUCCACCGGGUGGGAAACACAGAGGUGAAAAUGUGACAUUGGGCUCAGACCUCAGAGGAAGGAACAAAACGCCUCAAACUAGCAGCUCGACGAAUCGUUUGUAAUAAAAGAAAAUGAAAAGAAACAUUACUGUCUUAAAACUGCUGCCACCAGCCAGUACGAACUCUGAAGCAGCUAGAAAUAAUGAACACGUAGUUGUUUUUUCCAAGCUGCGGCUCCAUCAGUUACCUUGUCUGUCCUAGCGUAUUACAACCAGGCUAAUCACGUCAGGGUUUACAGUGAAUUUUUUGUACUUUUACUACAUUUUCACAUUUUACAUUUACUACUCAUAGCGUGUACAUGUGACGUACUGCGUGUACCCGUAGUUUUAACCAGGAAAACAUCAUCACCUGCGCACUCGGUGUCAUGCUAGGAAUUAAUGUUUGGAGCCUUUUAUAUUGGAAAAAAACACUUCUUUGUAUUUAUAUUAUUACGUUCUUUGUUGUUGAGUUGAAACGCUUGUAAAUGAGGUCAUUCGAAUCUUAAGUGCAUAGUGUUUCCCAGAAGAUGAUAAUCUGCACAUCGGAAAAUAAAGGGCGGGUUUUUACGAAUGUUUAAACUGUGUCACCGAACCCGACUCCACAAGGCGGGCGUCUCGGCCCCAUUCAGGGACUGUCGAAAACUACCACUCAGCUUCUGUCUCGUUGCUUUGCAUGUGGAUGUAAGGUUCCCCUGGACGUCCACUUCGAGCGAACGUGAUACACCAAUGAUUCGCAGCAGGUCUCGUGGGAACACCUGCCACCACCUGGUCAGGAUACGUGAACGCUUGAUUUGCAUCAGAGGCUAAAAACUGACGCGUUUUGGGUUUCCUGACUUAACGAUGUACCAUAUAGCAACAGUCGAGGCCGUUUCUGUUGGUGGUCUGUACAAACGUGUUUACAGUGUGUUACUGUAGUCUGGGGAUGUAAACCUGCCUUUAGAGCGAGGCAUUGUGGGUAAGAACAGUAGCUUUCUCUGUAGUUCUUUGUAGGAGAUGCCACAGCGUGACGUCACGUAGCCAAACGUAAGAAGUUAAACUUUUCUUAAAUGUUACCAAGGAACAGUAUUGCUGCUUCUUUUUUAGUUUUAGGUUUUGUCCUUUCUGUUCCAGGAUUAACUUGACUGUCAGUCAGACAUGAGCCAGCUCUGUUCUGUAUUUUUAUCGUUGUUUUUUUUUUUCACCAGACUGUCUUCAUCCUGACCAGGUUUCCCCCGUCUGUGGGGAAUUCUAUCAGUGUUUUUAUCGCUCUUUAGUCGCCCUUCGAUAGUCGGUCACAUUUUCACUUCUCUGUUUCCCCCCCCGUGAAUCAUUUGUGAAAUGUCUCAAAACCAGCUUAUGCCUGUAGAACCUAAGACUUUGGAGCAUCUCUGAGGCAUUAAUGUAUUGUUGCAAAGUUUUUGCUGUGCAACAACAACCAAAAAAACAAACGUUUUCAGUUUGGGAGAGGAUGCGACUCAAGGUCAGAUACCACAAGGAUGGAGAACCCAAGCAGAUGGCGCAAACUCCUCUAAUUGACACAACCACCGUCCUUUUCUCAGUUAAUUUUUGUUAACCAAGCAGAAUAACAGACACAAAAACAAAACCGUUUUGUAAUAAGCUCACAAGACCAGACGGCGUUUAUAUCCUCCGUCGUUGGUAACAAAAGUAACAACACCAGUCAGAUGGCGACUCGCGCAAACGUGACAACGUGAAAUCUACUGACGAAAAGAAAAGAUAAAGGAGAGGACUUCAGUCAUGCCAUAUCAGGUGCAAACUCCUCUCAGAGGGUUCUAAUUUUUCUAAGAUUUCUUAUAAAAACCAAAAACUUGCUAAACAAAAAGAAAGUUGAGUCAGUAAAAGACAGCAUCCAAUCCAAAUGAGCCUAAUUCUGUCAGCAAAACAGAAACCGACAUUCCUCACACAGUGGCGUUGCCCUCCUGACGCGGGAUCGCACUGCUGUACAAGGACUUCAACAAGAGAGCAACAACGUGUGGCUACUCGCGACGAUUUGCGACCCCUCGAUGGCGAGACCAUCACCACCGCCGCCGCGACACAGCAGAUGACUGACACCUCCAUUAACAGUAAACCAGUGAGAAGGGUCGCAAAAUGGCCGCCAUAGUGUUGAAAUGGCAAAGUUGCCCAACGGUGCUGGAAAGAUGAAGUUGGCUUCUUCGUUUCGGUCCCAUCCACCCUCCACUGUCAGCUUUUACUCCUGGUGAGAAGAACGCAGUCGAAUCGAACCAGAGAAUGUACGACCCCCCUCUGCCCGCUAAGUUUCAAGUUUUACUUGUAAAUUUACUGUAAAUUCUCAAAACAACUCGGUUGAAUUUGACAAAACAAGUGACCAGCAGCUGGCACCAGUUUCUUGAUUCUCAUUCUUCAUUGACAUCAAUGAAAGGCAGCACUUCCUGUUGAUGUUUCCCAUCAAAGACUCUGACGGUCCGCGGCUCUUUUGUGUUGUGUUUGCACUGACGGUGACCAGCUGUAAGUUAUCAUGACAAUUGGGAAUUAAAAAUCUCUGUUUGAGAGUUCACAUUCAUACACACACAUACACACACACACACUCAAUCUUCUGAAUGGUUAGACAGGAGAGAGCUGAAGUCUGCCCACAGCCUCAGUCUGCAAGCUUUUACUGAUGAUUUCAUUGAUUCGCUUUUAUUUUUUUGGACAAUAAAAAUGAUGAAGGACAGCAUCCAGUCACAUGCUGUGUGUGUGUGGCUGAACGCUCACCUCUUGUGUGUUGGCAGAUACUGUAGAUCCUCCCUCAAUUAAAGUGCAUUUUUGAGAAACAAAACUAAAAACAAAGAUUUGCACUCGAUCCAGAGGCGGGUGUGGCCUGGUGUGGCGCUCGGUUGGUGCAGGCUGGGGCUGUGGAGGUGGUGGUUGCCGUGCUCUCCUGAGAACGUUCUGGUAUCAGUGGAGCCGUGAUGACUCGUGUCUGUGUACAGUACUCGAUGUUUGUCCGUCUGUGACCGUCGGUUUCAGGAGUAAUUUAGAGGGUGGGGACGGGAGGGCGAGAUGAAAAGUGUUGUAGUGUUGCUGUAUUAUAAUUCUGUAUGUUCUGAAGAGGAUUUCAACAUUGUUAGAUUUUUUGUAGCUUUUAUCAUUAUGGAAAAACAAGUUGAACCAAGUUUUUAAUUCUUGCUUUUUGUUUUUGUUUUGUUUUGUUUUGUUGUCCUUCUUGUGACACGAAGGUGAAAACUGAUGCCAUCUAUCAUCUCUGUAAUAUUAUGCUCUCCUUGUGUUGUGAAAGGCUUCUCUUGUGCUUGAUCAAGUUCAUGACGGGAAAUAAAAAUCGUUACAACAUGA